GGCUGUAUCAUUUGUAGAGAGGUUCAUUUAAUAGCCACACCCCUCGUUUGCUUGUCAGUUUAUCUCGCUGUAACUCCCUCUCUCUCUCUCUCGCUCGGUUUCUGUUACGCGUAGUAGCGAUUGAGAGAUUCAGUCCCUCUCCAACUCCGGUUAGCCAGAAAGAGCACGGUGGAUGGAACAGGAGACCUGGAAUUUACCCCUCUCGUUAUAGCAAAAGAAACACCUGCAAGCAGCUCAACACGUUAAACAAGAAAAGAGUCGACUGAUCUGAAAGCACAGAGCAUCUUUAUUUUUGUGAAGAAGACUAGGCAGGGAACUACAGUGGACCCUAAAUUUACCGAGGACUUGGCAUUUUAGUUGCUUAUCCAUCUCACUGCCACUCAACAUCUGAGUCGCCCCCAUGUGGCAAAACUGAAAGUAAACCAACAGCGGCUGUCUCGGGUUCUUUGGCAUUUGAGGUUUUCAGUUGACAGUACCUGAGGCAGGGGAGGUCAUGCCGUUUGGCUGUCUGACACUAGGGGAGAAGAAGGAUUAUAACAAUCCCUCAGAGGUGACUGACAAAUAUGACUUGGGUCAGAUUGUUAAAACGGAGGAGUUCUGUGAAAUUUUUCGGGCCAAGGACAAGGCCACGCUGAAAAUGUACACCUGUAAGAAAUUCCUGAAAAAAGAUGGGAGGAAAGUUCGGAAAGCUGCCAAAAAUGAGAUCCAAAUUUUAAAGAUGGUGAAGCACCCAAACAUUCUCCAGCUGGUAGAUGUUUUUGAGACCAAAAAGGAGUAUUUCCUGUUUCUUGAACUUGCCACAGGCCGGGAGGUAUUUGACUGGAUCCUUGACCAGGGCUACUACUCAGAGCGUGACACCAGCAAUGUCAUCCGUCAAGUGAUGGAAGCAGUGGCUUAUCUGCACUCCCUGCGCAUAGUGCACAGGAACCUCAAGCUUGAGAACCUGGUUUACUACAACCGCCUGAAAAAUUCCAAAAUUGUCAUUAGUGAUUUCCACCUGGCCAAGCUGGAGAACGGGCUCAUUAAGGAUCCCUGUGGGACUCCGGAGUACUUGGCUCCAGAGGUGGUUGGCAGACAGAGGUAUGGAAGACCAGUCGAUUGCUGGGCCAUUGGAGUCAUUAUGUAUAUAUUGCUUUCGGGUAAUCCUCCAUUUUAUGAUGAAACUGAUGAUGAGGACUACGAGAAUCAUGACAAGAAUUUGUUUAGAAAGAUCCUGGCUGGAAACUACGAGUUUGAUUCUCCAUACUGGGACGAUAUUUCUGAUUCAGCCAAGGAGCUGGUGGCCCGUCUGAUGGAGGUAGACCAGGACCAGAGACUCACUGCACAGGAAGCCAUUAACCACGAAUGGAUUUCUGGAAAUGCAGCUUCAGACAAAAACAUAAAGGAUGGUGUCUGUGCGCAGAUUGAAAAGAAUUUUGCCAAAGCAAAGUGGAAGAAAGCAGUGCGGGUCACCACCAUCAUGAAGAGGCUUCGGGCGCCGGAGCAGAGCGAGUCGGCAGCAGCCAGCCCAGCCACCCCCGGAGCUCAGGGGGCUCCGUCUGCUCCACCUGCUAGCGACACCCCUGCGCCCCCUGCCGCAGCCCCAGAAAGCACCCCUGCCCCUGCAGGGGCCCCCGGCGCUGAGUCAGAGGACAAACCUGCCAGCGCAGAGGACCGCAAGAGCCCAGCUCAGCCUGACAACUCUGCCAAAGUGAGUGUGGCAGCUGAAGAAGAGGAUCCUUCGUCACGAUGUAAUGGGGAGACCCCAGCUCCCCUCAACUCUGCAACUGAAGCCUGGGAUGAGCAGAAUGGCUAAACUAGGGUCCUGUUCCCCUGGCCCCAAGCACUAUGUAUUAUAGCCGCUGGCAUGGUGACGCUGAAUCUGCUCUCUCACACAGCAUAGUUAGUAUCCAGCUUAAAGAGCCAGUGUUCUGUCUUUCCUGAGAGGUGUUCUGCUGUUUUGUCCUUUCAAUAAUUUUUUAUCCAUCCUUUUAGGGACCUAAAUUAUCCCUCGCUACAGCAGCUUUUUGCCGAAGAUACAGGAAGCUGCUGUUUCUGAAAUGUUUGUUUCUUUGUGAAUGGGGUUUGUAACUGCGUUAAGCUGUCCUUCUGAGAUUUCAUUUCUCCUCCCCCAAUGCUCCCACCCUGCGUUAAAAACCCAAAGUAUUGUAAGAGACACAGCUGGGACUGCAGUCUUUUCUGUAAAUUUCCGUCAACAUUUCAUUCUCAGAGUCUUCUUUGAAGAAGAGGUGUUUUGAAGCAGAUUCUUUGGUCUCUGUGCUUGCAGACGGGGAAUUAAGCUAUAGAAGAAAAACCUCUGAUGGCAGAUAAGUUUUGGUAUCAUUGGUUAGUUACCAAUUAGUAUCCACCCUUUUGAAGGGAUUUAGCAGUAGUCCCCUAAAGAAACAGGUUUUGACUCCCACUCAUUUUUAAACAAGGUAUAACAAAAUAUUAUCCCAAAACACAUCCCAAAAUAGGUAGACUUAUCCCAGGAGACUUUCUAAAAAGUGUUUCUCCAAAAGUAAACAGAGGAAGGAAACCUGAACUUAAACAAACCCACAACUAAACCUUUGAAGCCCCUUACAUAAGAUUGGAUUUUCAUAAUAAAUCUUACUCUGUGAUCAUCAUUGUAACGUAAUUCAGUAGUAUUUAUUGAAUAAUACUUCCCUCUUGAAAAUGUUUCUGCUCUGCUUUUGAUAUCUUUUAUUCCCCUCUUCGUUUCCUCACUAAUGUUAUUAUAAUAAGUACUUACUGGUUCUCUUUGUCAUGGGACACCCCUUCUGCUUUUGGCGUAAUGGAUGCAGUAUAUCAAGUACAUUCCUGCUUUUUGUGGGGUGAAUCUCAUCAGCAGGUGUUUAAUGUAUUGUACUUCACUCUCAGAUUACUGCCCAGGCAGCCUUCGGAAAGCAGACACUGCUCUUUAAGUAUUAUACUGCUGUAAAUAGAAAUGUCCGUAGGAGUAGCCAAACUGGCAUGCAUUCUGAAGUUUCCUAUUCAUUCACAUUGUUUCUUAGUUAGCACCUGAUGGAUAAAGAUUUGAUCUGACUCCCUGCCUUUACAUGUAGAAACACAUUGUUCUCUUAACUGAUGCCAAUUGUAUGCAUAUGUACUUUAGAAAUGUUAAUGAGUGUACACUCGGUUACUUGUUUCUGUCCAUUUCUUACAUACAGUAUAUUUAAUGUAUACUUCUAUUUUCCGGGGGAAGAUUAUAUUGAUAUGGAAAUACACAAAACUUUGAGAGUUAUGUUCUAUUUAUUUCUAGACUUUAUUUGUAUUUGGGACAUGGUCACUCCAUUAUAGUAAAAAAUAUUCUUUGGAUUCUUCUGGAUUGUUUUCUGAAUUCAUAAAAUGGCAGCAGAUUCUUAAAGAUUGCUGUAGACAGACAUAUCAUUACAACUACGUAGACGAUGAAGAAGUACAAUAUGCAUAAAGAAGUAUAUUAAAAUAUCAUUUGAUUUUGUUCCUUUAUUAAAAUAGUGUCUGGAUUUAGAUAAAUGUAUAUAGAAUUAUAUUAAAGAUCAAAUGUUUAUAAGAACAUGCUUGUACAAAACAGAUAUUCAUAGCAUUCAUACACAGCUUUGUGAAGUUAGUUUUACACAUCCUUUACUGAGGAGAUGUCAGUUAAUUUUAACUGUUUCAUUUAUGCUGAAUAAUAAUAAAAUUUAAAUAACAACCAUCAAGGAAUAUAUUACUUGCAUGUGGAAAAGAUGCGAAGGGAGAAGUUAUUUUGUUGUUUAUUUUUUAUUGCUUCUUUAAUAACUAUUACCUGUACGAUUCCUUUCUAAGAGUGGAAUUUUUAGAGAUUGUUAGAGAUUUUACUAAUGCUUUUCUAGGCUGUAACGUGAACAGACUUAGUGAUGCAGUUUCAAUAUUGCACAUACUUCUUUUUAGAAGAAAUGUGAAUGUACAGUAUACUUCCUUAUUCUCUGUUUGGAAAAUGGUAAUAAGUCACUUAUUAAAAUGGUACCUCCUUUUAAAACAGCCCCAACAGUGCUUCUCACAAAUAAGGCAUGAAUAAGGUGAACAUUUUUUGCUGUGGGUGUUCAAUGUUCUUUAGUGAGCAAUUGAUAACCUCUGUGGAAACUGUAUUUCUCUUUUGUUCUUUAGCUGCCCUAGACUUUAACAGAAAGUAAAUAAAACAGAUAUAGUAAUAGUUAUUAAAUUUCAAUAACUUUCAGAUAUUUUACUUUUAAAUGCACCCCAUCACCUAAGGGUACCUCAAACAGUGAUUGCAGGGAUAAAGUUAGCAGUAUGUUUAUCAUACUCUAAUUCCAUAUGUUGUGUGAAGGAAACUAGUCAUUCUGAUGGCUCUGAAUGUAAUGCCUUACGCAAUUAAUGCUUGUUACUGCAUGUAUUAUAAAUUUUCCACUUACAGUAGCUUAGGGUGAGCUCUCGGUAUUGUCGAAUUCUGUCACAUCUAGAGUAGUAGUUUAUAAAUUGCCGAACAUAUAAGCAUUAUGUUCUUUCACAAAAUCGUUGUUAUGCACCAGUGUAUAUUUUCAGCUUUAAAAUAUAAAUUUAAAAUAAUAAAACUAAAAACUACGCCACAAAACAUGGUUUUGAAUUAUUUUCGUGGCAAUGCACACCUUUGUCAAUAAUGUGCAAUAAUAACCGAGAACAAUUGUUAUAAUUGCCAUGGUAGCAGACCUUCUGUAAUAGCAGGCUGAGUCAGUGGGUGCUACUCUGAAGUGUUUCAUUUUUAAAAUAUUUUUUUUGUGCAUAACCCCUGACAAAUACCAGCAAGGACAAAGAAUCAGAUGAAUGCACACAGGCUGGAUCAAGGGGAAAUGUCUCUGAACUGAAAAUAGAACGGCUAAAUACCGUGUUUUGCACAAGGUUAUUUAGCUUACUGCGCUGUGGUAGGAGUUGGUUUGUUUUACAACGAUGAAAAUCUUUGUCAAUCAGAUGCCUUUGUCUUUUGUUCUGUGUAAAAACGGGUUAAACUCCCCUGUUUUGCGGAUAUUGCCUUUCCAUUAUCGUUCUCUUUAUUCCCAGCGCCCUGCUUGUCUCGAAGCUCUCUAGUUCAUACACCGUUAUUUUAUUGCUUCUUAGGUUCUGUAUGUAAACUGUAACAAAAACGUCAAUGUAUACUUUUCUGCUCUUUUAACACUAGCUUACUAUUAUGUGAAUAUUGAUUAUUAAAAGCCAUCCUUGUCUC